UUCAACGUUUACACUUAUUUCCUCAUUUUGAUAUGGGUUUUGUUAAAGUAUUAAAAAAUAAGGCUUACUUCAAAAGAUAUCAGGUAAAAUUUAAAAGGAGAAGAGAGGGAAAAACGGAUUAUGCUGCGCGAAAACAACUGGUUGUUCAAGACAAGAAUAAGUAUAAUACCCCUAAGUAUAGAAUGAUAGUUCGGAUAACAAGAAAUGAUAUUAUUUGUCAGAUUGCAUAUGCCAAAAUUGAAGGUGAUGUUAUUGUUGCGUCCGCAUAUUCACACGAAUUAUCUGAAUAUGGAUUAAAAGCUGGUCUUACUAAUUAUGCAGCUGCAUAUUGUACUGGACUACUAUUAGCAAGAAGAAUACUUCAAAAGUUUAAAUUAGAUAAACAUUAUCAAGGAGCUGAAGUUAUUGAUGGUUCUGAUUAUUGUGUAGAAGAUAUUGAGAGUUGCCCUUCAGCCUUCAAAUGUUAUUUAGAUGUAGGACUAUCUAGAACUACCACUGGCUCAAAAAUCUUUGCAGCUAUGAAGGGAGCAUGUGAUGGAGGAAUUGACAUUCCACAUAGUAAUAAACGUUUUCCUGGUUAUGAUAAAGAAUCUAAAGAAUACAAUCCAGAUGUGCAUCGAGAACGUAUAUUUGGACUUCAUAUUUCAAAUUAUAUGAAAUUAUUGCAAGAGAAUAAUGAUGAUAAAUAUAAUAAACAUUUUUCUCAAUACAUUAAGAAUAAUGUGGACCCUGAUACUAUAGAAGAAAUGUAUAAAAAAGUUCAUGCUGCAAUUAGGGCUAAUCCUACACAUGUAGCAAAGCCUAAGAAAGAAUAUAAGAAUCCCUCUAAAAGGUGGAAUAAGUUAAAAUUGACUUUGAAACAAAGAAAAGCUAAAAUAAAGGUUAAGCUGGCAAAUAUAAAAAAUCAGCAAUCUAUGGUGGAAACAUAAAUUAUUUAUUUUGUUAAUACUGGAACAUUGUUAUUGUUGAAUCAAUCUGUUUAUUUUCCUUAAAUAAAAUAAUAUUUUACAUAA